GAGUUGGGUAUAAAAGUGAGUGUUGAUUUGAGUUAGUUGUGAGAGUAGAAGUUGACAGAGUGCAGUAUUGCAGAAUGCACAUGCAACAGUGUGUCGUUUUACUCAGCCUACUUGCUGUCGUGAGCAUCCACAUGUGCAAUGCACAAGGUGACCAAGGCGACUGCAUCCCAGUCGGACAAUUUUGUGCUGCAAGCUUGGCGAAUCAGUGUUGUCCACCGAACGAGUGUCAAAUGACGGGUCUCAGGUCUGGGACGUGUGUGAAGUCAUGCUAUCAAUUGAAAGCGCAAUGUCAGAAGAAUGAAGAAUGUUGCAGCAAGCUGUGUAUAGACGGACAGUGUGGAGAUGAAAGUCAGUGCAUCGCCCUCGGUCAGUCUUGUACUGCAAGUAUGAAGAAGAAGUGUUGUCCACCAUAUGAAUGCAAGAUGAGCACUCUUCGAUCUGGAACAUGUAUCCAUAAUUGUCUCAAGAUGAGUUCACCGUGUCAGAAGAAUGAAGAGUGUUGCAGCAACAGAUGUUUCUAUGGUCAAUGUCUGGACAUGAAAACACUCGGACAGAAGUAA